UUGUUAUUUCCAUAGGUGUGGGAUGCACAAUGCGAAACCUAGGCCCCAGCUUUUGCACCAUGAUGCACAGGGUUGUACUUUUUGUACUGAACUGAUAGGUGGCCUAGUGGUUAUGCCCUGUACUACCAUUUUGAGGAUCUGGACUCCGUUUCCUGCCUUGCUCUUUGGACCACAUUGUCAAUUCACACCGGUUGGUGGGUCUCCAUGGGGACUACAUAUCAAAGUCUUAGUGUCUUUGUUUUGCUGACAUUGUGGAGCCUCUUAUCCAAGAGAAACUAUGUUCCAACUUCCUGUCAACAAUCUUGGCAGUUUAAGAAAAGCCCGGAAAACUGUGAAAAAAAUACUUAGUGACAUUGGGUUGGAAUACUGUAAAGAACAUAUAGAAGAUUUUAAACAGUUUGAACCUAAUGACUUUUAUUUGAAAAACACUACAUGGGAGGAUGUAGGACUGUGGGACCCUUCACUUACAAAAAACCAGGACUAUCGGACAAAACCUUUUUGCUGCAGCGCUUGUCCAUUUUCCGCAAAGUUCUUCUCUGCCUACAAAAGUCAUUUCCGGAACGUCCAUAGUGAAGACUUUGAAAAUAGGAUUCUCCUUAAUUGCCCCUAUUGUACCUUUAAUGCAGACAAAAAGACUUUGGAAACACACAUUAAAAUCUUUCAUGCUCCAAACGCCAGCGCACCAAGUAGCAGCCUCAGCACUUUCAAAGAUAAAAACAAAAAUGAUGGCCUUAAACCUAAACAGGCUGACAGUGUAGAGCAAGCUGUUUAUUACUGUAAGAAGUGCACUUACCGAGAUCCUCUUUAUGAAAUAGUUAGGAAGCACAUUUACAGGGAACAUUUUCAGCAUGUGGCAGCACCUUAUAUAGCAAAGGCAGGAGAAAAAUCACUCAACGGUGCGGUUCCUUUGGGCUCAAAUGCCCGAGAAGAGAGUAGUAUUCACUGCAAGCGAUGCCUUUUCAUGCCAAAGUCCUAUGAAGCUUUGGUACAACAUGUCAUAGAAGACCAUGAACGCAUAGGUUAUCAGGUCACUGCCAUGAUUGGGCACACAAAUGUGGUGGUUCCUCGAUCCAAACCUCUGAUGCUAAUUGCUCCCAAACCUCAAGAGAAGAAAGGUAUGGGACUUCCACCAAGAAUUGGUUCCAUUGCUUCUGGAAAUGUCCGGUCUUUACCAUCCCAGCAGAUGGUCAAUCGACUCUCAAUACCAAAGCCUAACUUAAAUUCUACAGGAGUCAACGUGAUGUCCAAUGUUCACCUACAGCAGAACAAUUAUGGAGUCAAAUCUGUAGGCCAAGGCUACGGCGUUGGUCAGUCAAUGAGACUGGGUCUAAGUGGCAAUGCAUCAGUUUCCAUUCCUCAACAGUCUCAAUCUGUGAAGCAGUUACUUCCGAGUGGAAAUGGAAGGUCUUACGGGCUUGGGUCAGAACAAAGGUCCCAAGCACCAGCACGAUACUCCCUGCAAUCUGCUAAUGCCUCUUCCCUUUCAUCAAGCCAGUUAAAGUCGUCUUCCCUCUCCCAGUCACAGGCAUCCAGAGGAUUAGGCCAGCCUAGUUCCAAAACCAUAUUAACUGCCGUACUCCCUCCUCCACCUAAUAAUUGCUCAACUCAAAAGUGGAAAAUUUGUACAAUCUGUAAUGAGCUUUUUCCUGAAAAUGUCUAUAGUGUGCACUUCGAAAAAGAACAUAAAGCUGAAAAAGUCCCUGCAGUAGCCAACUACAUUAUGAAAAUACACAAUUUUACUAGCAAAUGCCUCUACUGUAAUCGCUAUUUGCCCACAGAUACCCUGCUCAACCACAUGUUAAUUCAUGGUCUUUCUUGUCCAUAUUGCCGUUCAACUUUCAAUGAUGUGGAAAAGAUGGCAGCGCACAUGCGGAUGGUUCACAUUGAUGAAGAGAUGGGACCUAAAACAGAUUCGACUUUGAGUUUUGAUUUGACAUUGCAGCAGGGUAGUCACACCAACAUCCAUCUCCUGGUAACUACGUACAACCUGAGGGAUGCCCCAGCUGAAUCUGUUGCUUAUCAUGCCCAAAAUAAUCCUCCACCUCCUCCAAAGCCACAGCCAAAAGUUCAGGAAAAGGCAGAUAUCCCUGUUAAAAGUUCACCUCAAGCUGCAGUGCCCUAUAAAAAAGAUGUUGGGAAAACCCUUUGUCCUCUUUGUUUCUCAAUCCUGAAAGGACCUAUAUCUGAUGCACUUGCACAUCACUUACGAGAGAGGCACCAAGUUAUUCAGACUGUUCAUCCAGUUGAGAAAAAGCUCACCUACAAGUGUAUCCAUUGCCUCGGUGUGUAUACCAGCAACAUGACCGCCUCAACUAUCACUCUGCAUCUUGUUCACUGCCGGGGUGUUGGAAAGACCCAAAAUGGCCAGGAUAAGACAACUGCACCGUCUCGGCUUAAUCAAUCUCCAGGUCUGGCACCAGUGAAGCGCACUUAUGAGCAAAUGGAAUUUCCCUUGCUGAAAAAGCGAAAGCUAGAUGAUGAUAGCGAUUCACCCAGCUGCUUUGAAGAGAAACCCGAAGAGCCUGUUGUUUUAGCUUUAGACCCCAAGGGUCAUGAAGAUGAUUCCUAUGAAGCCAGGAAAAGCUUUCUAACAAAGUAUUUCAAUAAACAGCCCUAUCCUACCAGGAGAGAAAUUGAGAAACUAGCGGCCAGUUUAUGGUUGUGGAAGAGUGACAUUGCUUCCCAUUUUAGUAACAAAAGGAAGAAGUGUGUCCGUGAUUGUGAAAAGUACAAGCCUGGUGUGUUACUGGGCUUUAACAUGAAAGAAUUGAAUAAAGUCAAGCAUGAGAUGGAUUUUGAUGCCGAAUGGCUGUUUGAAAAUCAUGAUGAAAAGGAUUCUAGAGUCAACGCUAGUAAGACUGCUGACAAAAAGCUCAGUCUUGGGAAGGAAGAUGACAGCUCCUCAGACAGUUUUGAAAAUUUAGAAGAAGAAUCCAAUGGCAGUGGUAGCCCUUUUGACCCUGUGUUUGAAGUAGAGCCUAAAAUCUCUAAUGAUAACCUGGAGGAACAUGUAUCGAAGGUGAUUCCUGAGGAUGCUAUAGAAUCUGAAGAGAAGCAAGACCAAAAAGAGGAAAAUGGUUCAAAAUACGGAACUCUUCAUUUGACUGAGGAACCAGCCAAACUAAUGCAUGAUGCUUCUGAUAGUGAGGUUGACCAAGAUGAUGAUGUUGAGUGGAAAGAUGGAGCCUCUCCAUCUGAGAGCGGGCCUGGUUCCCAGCAAGGUUCAGACUUUGAGGAUAAUACAUGUGAAAUGAAACCAGGAACCUGGUCUGACGAGUCUUCCCAGAGUGAAGAUGGAAGGAGCAGUAAGCCAGCUGCCAAAAAAAAGGCUACCAUGCCAGGUGACAGAGAGCAGUUGAAGUGGAAGAAUAGUUCCUAUGGAAAAGUUGAAGGGUUUUGGUCUAAGGACCAGUCACAGUGGAAAAACACAUCUGAGAAUGAUGAGCGCUUAUCUAACCCCCAGAUUGAGUGGCAGAAUAGCACAAUUGACAGUGAGGAUGGGGAGCAGUUUGACAGCAUGGCUGAUGGGGUAGCUGAGCCGAUGCAUGGCAGCUUGACCGGAGUGAAACUGAGCAGCCAACAGGCCUAGGUGCCAGGUGUCCCAGCAUCAGUGACAUGCUACAGCCUGGAGCUCUGUUCUCCUUCCAUUGUGACUGCACAGCUGUCUUCUCACUGGUGCUGCCUCAUGAGUACUGGUUAGUGGGCUGUGGGGAUACAUGGCCACUGCAGUCCCAGUGGUUAUUUCUAAGUCUAUGACACAUGAUUGAUUGAUCUUGCUUCUGAAUCUUCUCUGACAGACACAGUAACUAAAUGUGAAAAACCAAUAAGCUGGUGGCUCACGAACGCACACAAGGAAAAGCAGAGGUUUACUUUAUCUGCCUUCUCAACCUUCCCUCUGUAAAAUGAUUGGAUGUCCUUGAGAAGCGUUAUUCUGGUUCACACGGUAGUAUAGGGCCAACAUACAAGCUACCAGUCUAAUGUGUAUAGUAGACUUUGGAAAAAUUGAUUUUUUUUUCAUGUAUUCAUUCUGAAUAGUUGAAAUGUAUAUUUGUACAGUCUUUUAGACCUAUUCAAGUGAUGCUUAUGAUAUUGUUAUUGUGUGCUCAUCAUAGAUUUGUUUCUUAUUUUAGUGUUGCCCUUGCUGUGUAAUAAAUGCUAUAUCUAGUUUAUCUAGCAAAAGCUUGAAACUGCUCUAGUAUGGACUUUUGGACAGACUUAGUUUUUGCACAUAACCUUGUACAAUCUUGCAACAGAGGCCAGCCACAUAAGAUAUAUAUCUGGACUCUCUUGUAUUAUAGAAUUUUUCUUGUUCUGAAUAUCCUCAACAUUACAGCUGUCAAAAACGAAAAUGUAUUUCAGAUCUGUUUUCUGAAAUCUUUUAAGCUAAAAUCACAUGCAAGAAUUGACUUUGCAGCUACUAAUUUUGACACCUUUUAGAUCUGUAUAAAAGUGUGUUGUGUUGAAGCAGCAAACUAAUGACUGCUGCAUUUUGGAUAUUUAGUUUUAUCUUUAGUUAAACACCACCCUGGUGUAUUCAUUUAUACCAUCUAAUAUAUGACACACUGUUGUAGUAUGUAUAAUUUUGUGAUCUUUAUUUCCCUUUGUAUUCAUUUUAAGCAUCUAAAUAAAUUGCUGUAUUGUGCUUAAUGUAAA